GUCACUUUCCGUUUUCUCCUCCUCUCCGUUCUUCCAUGGCCAAGCUCUCGCCUUUCCCCUCUCCCAUGCCGUAUGUCGCCUUAUCUAUCCUUAUCCCCCUCUUCUCCUCCUUCUCCUUCUCCUUCUCCACUGGCUCGAUUGGUGACCUCCUCCAGGAACACGGCCUCCCUGCUGGGCUCCUUCCUAAAGCCGUUGAGUCCUUCGCCCACGACCCCUCCUCCGGACUGCUAGAGGUCCUGAUCGGCCGCCCUUGCUACGCGUGGUACGAGGACGGGCUCUCCUUCUUCGACCGUGAGGUGCGCGGCAACCUCAGCUACGGUGCGCUCCAGGGCGUCGUCGGGUGGUCGCAGGAGGAGCUCUUCUUGUGGCUCCCCGUCAAGGAGAUCGUGAUCGCUGAUUCCGACUCCGGCGUGAUCCUCUUCGACAUCGGCGUCGCCCACAAGAGGCUCCCCGUGUCUUCCUUCGAGGACCCGCCGGACUGCCUCCCCGGAGCGGAAGAAGCGGCGGUGGAGGCCGGGCUAGGAUCCUUUGUCAGGAAAGGCUUUCAGCAGCAGAGAUAACGACAACGUUCAUUGUUGCCUGUCUUCCAAAUGUGCCAUCAUACAAUUGAUUUAAUGGCAAAGUUUUGAUGUGGAUGGUGAACUGUGCCAGCCUAGUGACAAGUGGAAUAAGAUAUCAACACCUCUGCUCUGGUAUCAGCUGUCGUUCCUUUAAAAAUGACAUGAAUGAUGAAUGAAGUCACUUGCCUUAUUGAAUUAUUGAUGUUCAACUUGGUCAUUUAUUUCAUCAGCAGAAUUAAAUGUUCUUCAAGCCUAUAACCAUCACUUGGAGGUUAUGGUUUGUUUAACUAGAGCUUAGAUAAAAUUUAUGAUGAA